AUGGAUCUCAGCGAACGCGAAGAUCAGACAAGCGAUCCCGAUGAGGAGGAUGUUGAGUGCCGCAAAGUCUCGAAAAAGAUUGCAAAUGUAACUCUCGAAUCGGAUUCUCUACCAGAGUCGCCAUUGACAGCCGAAGAACGACAAGUUCGUCGAAAGAAGCGAACCAAGAGAAAGGGACAACAGAUGGAUGUUGAUCCAACACCUAGAGCAAAAGCUGAGAGCAAACACAUGGAUUGUGACGGUUUUGAAUCACACAUCUCUUCCAGUGACGAAUCGUAUUCUGAAGAUAACAGAGGACGAGAGGCAGACGAUGAGCAAAGCGAUUGGGUUGGCGACACGACUCCAACAAGAAGUCCAUUCGAAACGCCGUUCGAUCGACGAGUUCAUAUCAGAAGAUCACAACCAAAUGUUCAUCAAACGUCAAGCAUGCAGAAGAAAAUUGAAAAAUUCGCUCGUGAAGGUGGACGUGGUGAGCUUGUAAUCGAGACACGUGUCCGUGACCGCGCAUGUAGCUCUCUUCUUCAACGUUAUCUGUACAAAUACCAUCUCGAAGUGGUUCGUCGUCAUCGUGGAUCGAUCACCCUUCGAAAGAAAUUCGAGAGUCCAGGCACCUCUAAUGCUCGUUGA